AUGCGGCUGUUUUACGCUGAUAUUUUUGACGUCCUAAUUUACGAAUCGACACUCUUACUAGGGGAUGGUUGGGAAAGAGCCACCAAGCACGCGAGGUUGCCGACCGCGCGGCGCAGAGACGAGUUCCGACUUGGUACAACAACCGCUGCUUUCUUUCUGGCUCCAUCGACCCCCAAGAGCGCACAUCGUUCCCGUAAGGGCGAAACGUGGCGUUAUCUCCGUCACUUUUGGCCCAUGAAGGACGUUGAGGAGCUCGUCGUGGCUGGGGCCGAGAGCAGGAACAUCCUCCCUUUGAAUGCGCAUGCGCAUGUUAUGUGGGAACGGUUCCGGGUCGCGCUGCGACCGAUUCAGCACCCGAUAGCGCCACCGGAACGAGGGAUGUAUGUGCAGCUGGUCUGGUUAAACCAGAAAGAUGGCAACGACGGCACAAACAGCUGCUUUGUCGCAGACGAUUGGAACUAUGCCAAAUACGGCGGCAUCAGCGACUACCGCCGAGACCAGUAUCCUCCCAUUCGACAUGGAGACGACUACGAACUCGUGUCCGCGACGCAGACGACACAGACGAAGCAGGACAAAGCCGCGCUGGCACACAAAGAGCCGAGCAAACAAAAAGCACUUGCUCACGUCGCGGGCAUUGCGCCGUUGGUUGAGGAGGCCGUCGAACGGGACAGUAGCCGAUCGAAGACAGUGAGGUUGCGGCGGCUUCGGGCCAAAGUCCUGCGCACGCGGAUAUCCAUUCUGGCAUUGUUCGGCACCGUCGACAACUGA